AUGGCUGCUCGCAUUGGAGCUAUCCAUGAACUUCAAACUCAGUUCAUCCAUCAUGCUCGGGGCAAUGGUGCAGUUCAGCACACAAUGAACCCCGAUGAAAAGUCUGCUCUGAAGGAGCUCGAUGGAUGGAUAGAACAACUCAAUGAGUGCAAGCAGUUACCGGAAAAUCAAGUUAGGACUUUGUGUGAAAAGGCUAAGGAAAUCUUGGCGAAAGAAUCAAAUGUGCAAGAGGUCAAAUGCCCUGUAACCGUUUGUGGCGAUGUACACGGACAAUUUCAUGAUCUCAUGGAGUUGUUUAGAAUCGGAGGCAGGUCUCCCGACACAAACUAUCUCUUCAUGGGUGACUACGUGGAUCGAGGAUACUAUUCUGUGGAGACCGUGACUCUUCUGGUAGCCUUGAAGGUGCGCUACAAGGAUCGAAUUACUAUCCUGCGUGGCAACCACGAAUCUCGUCAGAUUACCCAAGUAUAUGGGUUCUACGAUGAGUGCUUGAGAAAGUACGGGAAUGCGAACGUGUGGAAGUACUUCACGGACUUAUUUGACUACCUUCCUCUCACUGCGCUGGUGGAUUCCCAGAUUUUCUGUCUCCAUGGUGGUCUUAGUCCAUCCAUAGAUACUCUGGACCAUAUCAAAGCGCUCGAUCGAUUGCAGGAGGUGCCGCAUGAAGGGCCAAUGUGUGAUCUGCUGUGGUCAGACCCUGACGAUCGCGGUGGUUGGGGCAUUUCUCCUCGCGGAGCAGGCUACACCUUUGGCCAGGACAUUUCAGAGACCUUCAAUCAUUCAAAUGGGCUGACUCUUGUUGCUCGCGCGCAUCAGCUUGUCAUGGAGGGAUACAAUUGGUGUCACGAUAGAAACGUUGUCACGAUUUUCUCAGCACCCAAUUAUUGCUAUCGAUGUGGAAACCAGGCGGCGAUCAUGGAACUGGAUGACUGCUUGAAGUACUCCUUCUUGCAGUUUGAUCCUGCUCCGAGGAGGGGUGAGCCGCAUGUCACGAGGCGUACCCCGGAUUAUUUCUUUAUUGAUGGCAUCCGGCUGAAUCUCUCGUUUUACCCGGAAUUACCCGGAGUGCGAAUCUCCCUUGUGGUGAAAAUGAGAAAUCUCGUCGAAUGUUUCGCGUUGUCAGUAUUGUUCAUCGUGUGUGUUGCUGCUGAAAAUUCUACGGAGCGGGACGUGACGGAUCCUUCGACUGCGGCUGACGAAAUCGUUUCAUUUCCCCGCGUCUCGACUUCUUUUCCCGAAAUCCUAUUGCCUCCCACUGUUCGCCCAUUGUAUGAUCACUGGUGCAAGAAACCGGCAAAAAGCGGAAAAUGCGAGAGGAUGAUCCCUGGAUUGCGGUGUUUCGACACGGAGUUGCCGUAUAACUUCACGAGCAGCGAUUUGUCGGGAAUGACGCAACAAGAGGCUGAGCAUGAAUUGAAGCAGUGGGAGCCGUUGAAGAAGAUCCCGAAGUGCUGGAAUGUGAUCCAGGGCUUUUUGUGUUCCGUUUAUUUCCCCAAGUGUUCACCAGAAGACCCACCAGUUGUUCAUUAUCCAUCUCAGAAGCUCUGCAAGAUCACUCGCGGGCCUUGCAGACUCGUGGCCCAGAUGCACGGCUGGCCAUCGUACCUAUCCUGCGAAAACGAAGACGGGUCUCCGAAAUACGCUUCUCAGUGCAAAGACGAGCUUCGCGACGUCAAAUUCAAUACCACUGCGGGAUCGUGUCCACCGUUGAUGGUGCCCAGUGCGGUGGAGUCCACGUGGUACCCGGGGGUGGACGGGUGCGCUUGGGGUUGCCACGACCCGCGGUUUUCCGAAGAGGAUCACGCAGCUAUGGUGUAUUUCGUGAAGCUGGGGGCGAGCGUUUGUUUGUCGGCGAACGUGUUGGCCGUCCUGACGUUCAUGUUUGAUUGGAAGGCGGCGAAAAAGUAUCCGGCGGUGAUUGUUUUGUACGUGAAUGCCUGUUGGGGCAUGAUUUGCAUCGGGUUCUUGAUGCAGUUUUCGAGGGACGAAGCGAAGGAGGAUAUUGUUUGCACCAGGAACCGGAUCAGACGAGUUGGUGAGCCGAGGUCUGGGGAGAAUUUGCUGUGCUUGAUGGUUUUCAUCCUCAUUUAUUACUUCAUGCUCGCAGCCAUGGUUUGGUUUGCUUUCCUGUCCUAUUCCUGGUUUCUGAGCUUCAGGGCUCUCGGGAAAGUGGAGCAUAACUUGGAAAAAAGAUCAGGGAGUUUUCAUUUGGCCGCUUGGAGCAUUCCUCUGGUUUUCUCCAUAAUUGUGCUGGCCCUUGGGUUGGUGGAAGGCUACCCACUGACUGGGGUUUGCUUCCUCGGGGGAGCCGAAGCUCAUCCUGAAGCAAGGUUGGCGUUGUUGUUGAUCCCUGUUUCCGUGGGGCUCUUGACUUCCGGAUUCUUUCUCAUCAGAAGUUUAUUCAUCCUGGUGCGUCUGAAGUAUUGGAGCCAGGAGGUGAUUUCUCCAAAAGCUCACGCGAAACUCACUGAGAGCAUCGUCCGGAUAAGCAUAUGCAUCGUUGUUUUUAUUGCGGCUGUGGUAUUUACGCAUUUUUAUCACGUUUACGAAUGGCACUUUGUGGACGAAUGGGAGAAGAGUACUCUGACCUACUUGAUAUGUCUUUUAAAUCGGACGACGAUCGGAACGCCUCCGGAAAAUCAUUUUCCCGGAUGGAGACUGGCUCCAGAACCUGGCACACUUUUGGACGUGGAUUGUCGACGAGAAGAGUCCCCGAGUUUAACGUGUACUAAGCUGUACGUCGGAGCUGUUUUCGCUGUUGGUCUCGCCAUGGCGUCUUGGGUUUGGACUAGACCCUCACUGGAAGUUUGGAAGCGUUUCUGGCGUCGGGUUACAGGGAAUGAGUAUCAGGAGCCGACGAGGCUGAAGAAACACAAGAUGAUUGCUCAAGCUUUCGCAAAAAGAAACAAUUUCAACUACGCCGGAAGAAUAUCCAUCUCUUUUCAUUCAUCGCAUGAAGAUCCUGUUGGGUUGAAGUUCGAUUUGAAUAGCGUGAGUGCUGGAGAGAUAAGUUCAGCAUGGGCUGCAGCGAUUCCGCAGUUUUUGCAGAGGCGAUACGCUUUGGCGGGAUUAUCCGUUUUCUCUCGCAGAGGGUCGCUGGAUUCUGAGUACUCGGCUUCUCAUCGCAGGUUUUCCUUUGAAUCGAGAUUAUCUCGGCGGCAUUCGUUGGACUCACAAAUGUCCCUGCGAGUGUCGGAAGUGGAGAAUGGCGGCUCUGCUGCUGUCGCGAGGAUGAUGACCACUACCACGACGACGACGAGGAAAUUGGCCCGUCUUCGUCGUCACCUUCCCGGGGGAGAUUCUUCCUGGCGUGGCAGCUUAACGUCAGCCGACAGCAACAGCUCACAUAUGCUGCCUCCCAUGGUAAUAGGAGAUCGCGAAACACCGUUGCAGAGUCCGUCGUCGACUCGAAGGUUUCAUGGAUCUUCUAGUAGGAGAAUGGUUUCAUCUCCGCCGUACAAACCACCGCGUAAAAACCCUCCGUCACUCGGUGCUUCUCCCGCAGGGAAAAGAGACGAAGAAUUCAAGCAAGACGGCGAAGAAGUGGAAAUGGGCCGAAGAAUGACCGACGAACAUCGAGAAUUAUUGGCGAGGUUGGAAAAAAUCGCAAUUCAAAACGCCGCCGCGGGAGAGCGAGAAAAGCGCUGGAAGCACCACAAACGCCGCCACCGCGCCGAAAAAGCCGACGCGGAAUGCGGCACUGACGUGCCUCUUCUCAACGGCGUUCGCGCCAUUCACAAUGACGAGGAAGAUGACGAAGAGGAAGACGACGACGACGAAGAAGAAGUGGAGAUGGUGGACCGAGAAACGCAGACUUGUUCAUCAGACUUCCCUGUCCAGGUGAAAUUGGUCCCGAAGAAUAAGAAAAAGAAGAAGAAACAACAACAGCAACAACAUGAUCAGGCCAAUGCGGCUUGCAACGUGUCCGUGGAAGCUGAGGCUGAAGAAGAAACAACAGUCACAACUACCACCAUGUUCCCUUUCAUGUCUCCGUUCGGGGCUGAGAGAGACUUGAGUAAUUUCGGCCAUCGGGUCGAUCGUUUGCUUGGGGAUUUCGGGGCGAAUGCCGUGGUUCAAAGACUGGGGACGCCGUUGACGGCGCCUGGGGCGACGCAGCUGCUUCCUAUGCAGGAAAUUUCCCCUGCCCGCCUCAACUUUGAUCGUCGAGCGCAGAAGAACUUCGCCGUGAAUCCGGAGGAGCAGUUACUCGCUGCGGUAUGAUCUGAACGAUUUGGUCUCAAAGUUACGAACUUUUUGUUUUUUUUUUUGUAAAUGCUACGUUGUGUUCAGUGUUUUCCAUCGAUUCAGUGAAAAUUUCCUGAGCUAUUCGUUUUGAAUCUCCGACGCGUCAAAUUUGUUAUUUUUUCGUGCUUUCUAACGUUGAAUUUCAGAGUGCACUUGAGUUCAUCGAAAGUCUUGCGAAUGUCUCGAAAAUGAUCAUUGCAGUCGGAUGAGGCUUGGUUGAUUUUUCAGUCGAACUGAUUCAUUAUUACCUGUACUUCAUAAGAAAACAUUCUUCUUCGAAAAAAAAAAAUCGUUUUAUUGCACCACAUACCAAUGAGGAUUUCUAAAAAUUUUGAAGGAAAACUUCGAAUGAGAAAAGGCCCAAUAUGAAUGAACCGGAGGACAAAUAAUCGGGUAUUCGAGGAAAUAUUGAAGGAACGCACCUUUCCGAAUCAUGUGAUCAUGACAAACUGUCCCGAGCUAAUUUUGUUAUUAAGUUGACCGCCAUGUUUCAUCCGCCUGCUAUGGAAAUUCGUUCGUAUCUUGUGAGACUUUCGAGUAACCCCUCGUGCAUUUGAUGCGACGGCAUUAUCAAACUUUUCUCGAAUUACAUUCCUUGAUUGUUCAUUUUAAUCCUGUGACAUAAUGGUUUGAAUAAUGAAUGAAUUCGUGUUGUGUUGCGAAAAGAGUAACGCAUGGAAAAUGUUGACGAUUCCGUCGUAUGUGUUGUUUCCAUUCAUUGAACGUCCCGAGCAUUUUCGUGAGCAUUCUUACUUUGUGAGCUGAUGAAGCGCUUCUGCCUUUCAAUGCGAUGUUUGAUCUUACUUGUUGAUUCUGGUGUGAUUUGCGAUUGUUUCCGCGUUCUUCAUUGCUACGUGAGUUGAAAAAGUUGAUUUCAUUUCCCGGAAUGUGAUAGAAUAAAAACAGACGCGUUGUCGGUUUUUUUUUUCCAUCUGCAGUACAA